AUGAGCUUCGAUAAAAAGGCAAACGAACCAGUGGUUCCCAGCAAUGAUCAUGUUGAGGAAAUACGGGAUGUUGAGCCUGUGGACUUUGGCAAAAGCCAGGCCGGCCUCAGCAGCAUUGAGGCAACGGCUGCCUCGAAGGCAGCUUGGCUAAUCUCUACUGUCGUCUCGAUCGGCGGCUUCUUGUUCGGAUAUGAUACGGGCUAUAUUUCAGCAGUGCUGGUCACAAUCAACUCGUCUCUCGGUCAUCCGCUUAGCUCUAGUGAACAAGAAAUGGUGACAUCCUUAACCAGUGGCGGUGCCUUGGUCGGAGCGGUAGGAGCUGGUCUCUCUGCUGAUCGAUUCGGCCGUCGCUGGCCCAUUUGGGGUGCCUGUUUGGUGUUCGUGAUUGGAACCGUCCUCCAGACAUGCGCCUUUUCCGUUGGCCAGUUUGCCACUGGAAGAUUUGUCGUCGGUCUCGGGGUUGGCAGUGCUUCUAUGAUUGUUCCUCUUUAUAUUGGUGAAUUGGCACCUGCCAAAUACCGCGGCCGCAUGGUGGCAUUCAACAACAUGAGUGUUACCUUCGGUCAGCUCGUUGCGAGUGCUCUCGGCGCCGGUUUCGCCCAAAUAAAAGGCGAGGGAUGGCGAGCCACUGUCGGCAUUGGUGCUGCCCCAGCCCUUGUGCUCGCUGGCCUUCUCUUCUUUUGCCCAGAAUCGCCCCGUCAACUGGUCUCUCACGGCAAAGCUGAGGCAGCAGACGCUGUCCUCCUCAGGAUCUACCCUCAGUCAACCGUGGAACAACGUCAAGCCAAGAUCGCGUCGAUCGAGCUCUCUCUCCAAGAAGCCACGCAAGCCAUGUCCGAGGAAUCCCUUUGGGCGACCUUCAAACGAAUCUUUACCACGCCGGCUACUGGUCGUGCCGUCCUGACUGCGUGCAUGAUCAUGGCCAUCAGUCAGCUUGGAGGGUUCAACACGUUGAUGUAUUAUGCGGCUACGCUGUUCUCCAUUGUCGGGUUCAAUAACCCAACAGCGGUCGGGAUCACGGUUUCAGGUACGAAUUUUGUCUUCUCAUGGGUCAACCUCGUGCUCGUUGAUAAGUUCGGUCGAAGGAUUAUCUUGGCGGUUACCGUUCUUGGAAUGGCUAUUUGCAUGAUAAUCGCCGUCGUCGCAUUCCGAUAUAUUCCGGUGGAUACGAAGACUCUGGCCCUGGAGACGACUCAUAUCGGCUGGCCCGGUACUUUGGUCCUGGUUGCGAUUAUAUGCUAUGUUGCUUGUUUUUCGUCCGGUGUCGCAACAAUCGCCUGGAUUGGCACAGAGCUCAUUCCCCUUGAAGUCCGAGCGAUUGGAACCAUGCUAAACACUGUCACCUGCUGGAGUACAAACAUCAUCAUUGCUUCCACGUUCCUAUCAAUGAUGAAAAGUUGGACCCCGAGUGGUGCUUUUGGCUUCUAUGCCGGCAUCUGUUUCUUUGGUUGGCUCUUCGUCUUGUUCUUCUAUCCUGAGUGCAAGGGUAUGCCCCUGGAGGCUAUCCGUGAAGUUUUCAGCAAGGGAUUCGGCGUCGGAUAUUCGAAGAAGUGGCAGAGAGACCAUGAACAUGAUGCGAAGAUUGACAGAGUUGUUAUGGGUCAUUAG